AUGCAAUUCGCCAAGUCUCUCAUACUGCUCGCAGCCCUCACCACUAGCACCCUGGCCAGACCCGCAACCCUCGAGCACCGCCAGGCUGCAGCCGCCAGCGGUGGUAGCUGGACCUCCACGCCCUCCAGCGGCUCAUACUCUACCGCCGGAUUCGGCGGCUCCACCAGCUCAUCAGGCUCAGGCGAAACAUACUCCGGCAACGUGGGCAAUCCCUACGGUAGCAAUAUCAUCUCAGUUGAUGCCUCGUCCGCCAGCAACUACAAGUACGUGGCGCAGUUCACCGGUUCGAACACCGAGGACUGGACCGUUGCCAUCUUUAACAAGUACGGUCCAGAUGGCGAGAUGACAGGCUGGUACGGCAAUGCCUGUCACACUUUCACUCUUGCCGCCGGCGAGACCGUGUACGUUGCCUUCGAUGAAAACUCCAAUGGUGGCUGGGCCGCCGCCUCCGGCUCCACCAUCCCCACCGAUAGCAUGGGUGGCUACGCUUCUACCUGGGGCGAGUUCGACUUCGGUUCCACUAUCAACAAUGGCUGGUCUGGCUUCGAUGUGUCGGUCAUCGCUGCGCAGAACGCUGGCAUGUCCAUCUCUGGCAUGAAGAUCUGUGAUGCCCUUGGCUCUGUUUGCUCUUCUGUCACCCAGAAUGCCGGUACGGUCGAUAACGCUUACACUUCCGCUGAGACUAAUGUCGGUGGUAUUGGUGCUAACUUGUCCUCUGGUCCUGUUCGUCUGGCUGUUACCAUUGAUUACAGCGGAUAA